ACAAAGAGAACCGGCUGACAGCAGACUAAGACCAUUUUCUUUUGAUUUUCGUUUCAAUUCAAAGAUAAGAAAAUGCUCAUAUCUUUGUAUAAUGGAACCUAAAGUGCAGAAACAAAUCGUCGAUUACUUUUUAACUUUUCAUGAGUUUCAAAAUACGUCAAAAGGGUGUUUGAAAACUUGCCAAAAGAGUGCAUUUACUAUAAAUAAACUUACCCAGCGUUGUAAUAAUAUUAAAAAAGUGGACUUGGUUCUUACGCCGUUAGAAAACUUUGAAGAUGUUCCCUGGAAGCUAUUAAACUGGCUGCUUAACCUCAUCACAGUUGAAAUCAAUGAAAUUCGAAAACAAGGUACAAUCAUAGACGAGGCAUUUGAUAAUCUUUGCAACAAAGCCAACACUGUAAAAGGAUAUUGCAAGGAAAUUAAUUUUCCACCAUCCAGCUUAUUGGUGACUGGGACAUCCCUUCAGCCUCCACUAGAACAACUCCUCGAGUUUAUCGAAGAUACUAUAACAUACGGAAGCCAAUUUCAUUCAUUCAUAGAGUCAUCAUUAAAAACAUACGAAUUAAAGGGACUUGAUGCUGAAUCACAGUUAGAAAAUUUCAAAGUUCCCAUCUAUUGGCAGAGACGAGUUGCAAAAAUAAUAGCCUAUACAUCAUUCUGUCCGGAAAACAAAAUAUAGCAAAAUGGAUUUAUUAGAUUCAAUUUUAAAUUCAAUGCAAAAACCACCAACUGCCAGCGAGGCUCAAAAGAGCGCACUCAAAAAACAGAAAGAAGCAUUAGAACGUAAGCAAAAAGAUGAAAAGAACAGAUUAAAAAAAUUCAGACAGGCAGUGGAAGAAAAAAUAGGGGAAUUUGUGAAAGAUGGCAACAAACCUUCAUUACAAUUUGAACCGAUGGAGCAAACUUAUCGGUCGAUAAUCCGUGAUGUGGCUGAGACCGCUGGCUUGCAGAUAUUCUCCUUCGGUCAAGACGGAAUUGACAGAUAUUCGGUUGUUUACACAAAAGAACGGGGACCUUCAGAGGACGAGCUUAGUGUACGACGUAGUGGUGGUGUAUGGAGUGAAGAUAAAGCAGCUGAAAUGGCUUUGGAACAUAUUAAAAUGAAGAAGCAGGCAGCUUUGGAUAUCGAAGAGGAGAAAAAUAGGAAACGGAAGCAUGGAAAGGAGGAAAUUAGUGGUACAUUUUAUAAGCAGAAAUAUGCACAUCUUAUCGGUGAAGAUGCAGCAUUAGAUGCAGCUCAGAAGACUAACACUAAUAAAAGUUAUGGUGAAGUACCGAGUGAGAAUAAAAAAGAUAUGCGUUCUAUUGAACAAACAAUGGCAGAUAUACGAGCUAAGAAAAUGAGGAAAGCGGAAAAUAAAGAGGCUACACAGAAUCAACAAAUUGAUUGAUAUAUGCUUUUUUUAACCAAUUUCGUAAUACAUUAAAAUGCUUAUGAAUAAAAAUCUAUUCAAACAGAGUUUCAUCACCAGUGUAGCUUUCUUAAUUAACAUAAUUAGAAAAUUCAUUUGAAAGUAAUGUAAGCCUCUAAUAUUAAGUUCAAAUUUAGCAAUAACUUACUUCCUUUGGUAAAGUAAGGAAAAAAAUAUCUUAUGAUAUACUGUUUUUUUACACUUAAUAAUUACAGUGGAACCUUGAUAACUCAAACCUCGGUAACUUAAAAACCUCAAACUUCAAAAAAUAAUAUGUUCCCUUCCCAUCAGAUCCCAAAAC